AUGUUUAUCGAUAAUGAAGCCACUGAUCUGUUAGAUCCACACCACGAUGCCCUUGUCAUCUCCAUCCAGGUAGCAAAUUGUAUAAUCAAGCGGGUAUUGAUCGACAACGGUAGUUCGACGAAUGUCCUGAUGUUGAGCACUCUCAAAAAGAUGAAUAUCGAUGAAAAUCAUGUCGUUCGACGAUCGACAAUCCUAAUCGGGUUUGGCAGAGAACAAAAAUUUAACGAAGGCGAAAUAGCAUUGCCAGUCUAUGCCAGUGGGAUCAACUGCCAAACGAAGUUCCUCGUCCUCGACUGUCGCUCACCAUUCAACAUAAUCCUUGGGCGUCCAUGGAUCCAUGAGAUGAAAGCAGUCUCGUCAACUUACCAUCAGGUUGUCAAAUUCCCAACGGCCACCGGUAUCAAAGAAAUCUACGGUGAACAAUUGGCCUCUAGAGAAUCUUACCAGAACGGCCUCAAAAAGAAGAAAGAGCAGUUAUAG